AUGUUGGAGCUUCCAGACAAGAAGAGCAGAGUUUCGUGGUUCUGGAUUGAUUGGAUCCUUCCGAACAAUCUAUCGGACAGAAGGUCUUUUAGGGUUUUACAGGUAAAAGGUGCAGUGAAUGUGGGUUUCAGAGAAUCUAAGCCCUCUGAACAGGUUUAUAAAGGGAUCAUGGAUUGUGUCAAAACAAUAUACAGACAGAAUGGAUUGAAAGGCAUAUACCGUGGCAUGGUUCCUUCACUAUAUGGAAUCUUCCCUUACUCUGGUCUUAAAUUCUACUUCUACGAGAAGAUGAAGAGCCACGUUCCUGAAGAACACAGAAAAGAUAUCAUAGCAAAGCUUGGUUGCGGAUCAGUUGCAGGUUUGCUAGGUCAGACAAUAACAUACCCCCUGGAUGUUGUUAGGCGGCAAAUGCAGGUUCAAGCACUUUCAUCAUCCAGCCUUGUGGGUAAAGGAACAUUUGAAAGCCUGGUUAUGAUUGCGAAACAGCAAGGUUGGCGACAACUAUUCUCAGGAGUAUCUAUCAACUAUUUAAAGGUAGCUUCUUACAGUAGGUUCGAGCCUGCAGGUUUCGACGUGUAUGCGUCCCCCUUUUGCAAUGAGUACAAAGAAUCUAUGCCUAGCGUUCCCCACCCUGUUGGAUUCUUGCGGGUUGCACAACACGGCAUCUAG